GGGGGCUGCGGGCUAUGACAAGGUGUCACCCAUUCUCUCACGUUGGAAUAGCGAGGAGAAGACCAGUUCAGUAGUCUGGCUGUCCUCACUACAAUAACACUAGAUCGAGUGUCUCGUAUACUAGGUAAAUGUGAGACUGGAGCUCUACUGCACUUCUGUCGCAUUGACUUGUAUUUCUGUUGGAUUUACUCCCGUGAAUUACUAGUGCUCGUAAUGACUAGACCUGGCACCUUUGCCAUUAGUCAUGUGAUGAGGUCUUGUUUUGAGGAUAUCCUGAUAUAAAUUAAGUAUUUUGGAUAUAUUUCAAUGUUAAGCCGACAAGAGAAUUUUGUUGUGAACAUCAAUAAAGAAAGACAAUUUGAUGUAUAAUAGUUCACCACCGAUUGUCUGCACUUGGUCAUUGUUUUCAAACAUUUGGUCAAGAAAGUUGUCUUCUGACGUCUUAGGAUAAUCCAGAAUUAACGCUGUUUGAACAACCAAGUGUGAACGUCAGGUAGCCAAAACUAGUACAUACCUGCACAAGCGUGGAAGGGAUCACCUAUACACGUAGUCAAGAAAACGAUGCGAACUGAUAGUUUCCAAUGACUGGUCAUAGUUGAAUGACCAAGUAUCAACAUUGUCUACCAGCUGUGUGGGACGCAAUCACAGUAAAAGCCAAUGAUAGUACUCUAAUUUCAAACGCAUUCAUUUUUCAGAAAACAUCAGUACCAUCAUGUUUACAUUUUAUAUUUUGGUUUUAUCUCUGUACCUCCCUAUUAGUACCCUCGGACAAAGCCCGGACGCUGAGUUCGAAAUCGAUGAAGAGCUACCACUAGCUACCAUGAUUGGAAGCAUAGCUAAUAAAUCCUGGAAUUACACCAAUACUAAAGUUGUCUUUGCAAUUCUAGACUCGACUCGUUUACCUGGAAAUUUGUUCAACAUUUCUCGUUCAGAAGGCGUGCUGUACGUGGCGAAACGAAUAGACAGAGAGUCUUUGUGUUUGGUUCUUGAGACGUGCACGCAGACAAUCAACAUUUUAGUGAACAGCGACAUUGAAAGCAGAGUUAUUACAGUGAAUAUCAAGAUUCGUGAUAUCAAUGAUAACCCACCAUAUUUUGAUAAAGAUACUAAAGUUCUCCAAGUGACAGAAGGGAACACAAUGGAGCUGAAGAUUAGUGGAGCUAACGACAGGGACUAUAAUCCUAUAUAUAAAGUUAGGAACUACACUUUGGAUUCACAACAAGAGGUAUUCCAAAUCAACGCCACCAAAUCUUUAGAUGGAAGCUCGGAGAUAGAGAUAAGAUUGAACAAGCCACUGGAUAGAGAGCAGGUGCAGAAAUACCAGUUUACUAUCACUGCUUACGAUGGAGGCUCACCUCCACUAUCAGCUGUUUUAUCUGUCACUGUUGAAGUCACCGAUGUCAAUGACAACGCACCGGUAUUUGUCAACAGUUCCUACAAUGUUUUCCUCGACGGAAAACUUUCAACCGGUUCCGUCGUCCUGCAGGUAUCAGCUACUGAUGCUGACGAAGGUUAUAAUGCAUUAGUCAGCUAUGACUUCAGCAGCGUCCAGAAACCAUUCGUUGAAAAUUUGUUUCGCAUCAAUUCAUCCACUGGAAACAUUUCAGUAGUGGCGCCACUCAGGUCAGGGACAACUGAGUUUAUAGUCGAGGCCCAGGAUCACGGGAACCCAAGCCUAAAGGCACAAACUGUAGUACGAGUGACUGUUGUUAAUACCGGAAACACGCCCCCUCGUGUUUCCAUCACAACAAUCAGCGGGUUCUCUGAUCAGAACGUGGUAUCAGUUCUCGAGCCCGCGGCCCGAGGCUAUUUCAUUGCCUUUGUCAUUGUGGAUGAUGACAAAAUCGAUGACGUUUCGUGUGAUAUUAGCAACGAAGUGUUUAAGAUGGAGCCAGUUCAGAACAAAGGUUAUACAAUCGUCUUGCAAAGUCUAGUGGAUAGAGAAACAAGAGACUCUUAUAAUCUUACUGUCUCCUGCAUUGAUCGUGGGGAGCCCCCGUAUACCACAUCUGCUUCAUUCACUGUUAAAAUAGAUGACGCCAAUGACAAUGCACCUGAGUUCACGCAGAAGAAAUUCACCAGAAGUGUGAAAGAAGGAAAGAAAAAUGGCGAGUUUGUUUUGCAGAUCAGUGCCAGUGAUAAAGACAUUGGACAGAACGCUGUUAUCGUUUAUUCUAUUGACCCUGAAUAUGCUAAAUUCUUUUUUAUUGACAGUAAAACAGGGGCGUUGACAGCAGUAGGUGACCUUGACAGAGAAACCUACCCAGUGAUGACAUUUAAUGUCUUCGCUGAAGAUAAAGGAUUCCCCCCUUUGUCUAGCUCUGCUGAAGUAGUCAUCAUUCUCGAAGAUGUCAACGAUAAUGCGCCAGAGUUUACUCAACCACUAUUUAGAAUACAAACGCUCGAGGAAGUAGGGGGAACUCGUAUCAUAGGCAACAUCACCGCCAUUGACCCAGACGAUGGGGUCAACAGUCAAUUGGAAUAUUUCUUUACUGGUUCGCUUGAUGGCGCUGAUGGUGCAUUUACUGUUUUACAGAACGGUUCCAUUCAGUGUUCUUCCAAAUUAGAUAGAGAAGAAAGGGUGAACUACUCAUUUUCGAUUAUGGUGAGAGACAAAGGAGUUCCUUCUCUUUCGGUGACAGCUAGUGUAAUUAUUGAGGUCUUGGAUAUAAAUGAUAACACGCCAACCAUUCUAUUCCCAAAGUCUCAAAAUCAUACAAUUCUUAUCUCAACAUUUCCAGACUCUGGAAUUAUUCUCAGUAGAAUUAUUGCUUAUGAUGAUGACUCUGGAGAUAACGGAAGCCUGAGAUUUGCAAUAAUUUCCGGCAAUGAAGAUAACUGUUUUGAGAUCUCCGAAUCCUCCGGAGAAUUCAAGAUUUCUCAAGCGUCGCAUUUGAGAAACAUGAAAACGUAUGAAGUGUCCAUUACAGUCUCGGACAGAGGCAUGCCCUCCAAGUUUAGCACAACAUUGUUGAAAAUUGAUGUCCAGUACGAGAACAUGACGAAGGACAUGGCUCAAGCUGGACCACAGAAACAAGAAGAUUACAUCAUCAUCGUAGCUGUCGUGGCUGCUGUCACUGUUAUUUUCUCUACUUUGAUUAUUGUGGCUAUAUGCGUGGUCUUUCAGAAGGAUAGAGGCGGUCGCAGUAAGCCAAACUCUAAAUUAGUUAUUCCAAACAUGCAGACAAUGACUAGUGUUACAGUAGAAGAAAAGGUACAGACAGUUGAGCCCGUUGUGUUUCCUAGUCAAAACAUUUACCCACUGAAUAACUUAUCUUCCCCUCCCAGUGCUGAGAAGUAUCCAGUGGAGGAAAGGACAUGGUCUGUUGAGCAAUGUCAUCCUCCUUCAAAAGGUAAAGCUGUGAGUUUUAACUUGGAGACCGAGAAAGUUUCCACGCCUAGCUCGCCGCCUCUGUUCUCAACAUUUGGGCCUCCUCAUGGUCGGCCUUGUGAUGGCGACUUGUAUCAUCAAAAGAGGUCAUCGAUGACUCGUCAGGUCAGUGGUGUGAAAUAUUCUCCAGUCAGCACUUGUGUGCAUACUGAUGACGUGACCAGUGAUACAUCAGCUGACACCACUACCAGUGACACCACUACAAGUGACAGUGGACGUGGAAACAGUAUAGAUGACGUCAACUUUGAUCAAAUUAUGAAAGGAGAUCUUUCGCCUAGAUUCAAUUUACACGGUCAAAGUCAAGAUUAUCCUUCUCAAGGGCGAAAAUUUGUUACAUCAGAAAGGCCACCCAAUCAGCAUGUUAGAUUCAGUCCAUCGUCUGAUGUGUUUCCUCCACCAGAAUUACCUCCAAAACAAAAGAUUAACUACGAAGGCGCCUUGCCAUUUAUUAGGUCACCCCGUGGAGACAGUAGAUGCCUUAACUACAUGGGGGCGCCAAAAAGCUCCAAUAACAAUAUCGCAUACAACCAAAAAACGGCUCCAUUUGUCACGCCUCGGCAAUUGUCCGUGACGUCCAUUGAUGAUGAUGCAACCACAACUACUUCCGGCAGCUACAUAAUAAAUCCUGACGAUUUAAAAAUAGAAACUUUUGUUGGCUCAGACAUCAUAGUCUAGAUAUUUCUUCAAUCUGUUUAGUCACUGCUCACAGCAGUAGUCAACUAUGCAAUGAACAUAGAAUGAAAUGUUCAUUCACAGUGGCAGCUUAGGUGAAGCUCAUUUCUUUAGCACACGAAUCACUGCAACAUUCUACACCAAUUGGCCCUGUGCUUGGCCAGAUAAUCCAUAAUCUGCAUCACCAAUUGGCCAUGUGCUUGGCCAGAUAAUCCAUAAUCUGCAUCACCAAUCCGCUGUGUGCUUGGCCAGAUAACCCAUAAUCUGCAUCACCAAUCCGCUGUGUGCUUGGCCAGAUAAUCCAUAAUCUGCAUCACCAAUCCGCUGUGUGCUUGGCCAGAUAAUCCAUAAUCUGCAUCACCAAUCCGCUGUGUGCUUGGCCAGAUAAUUCAUAAUCUUCAGUACCGAUUGGCUGUGUGAGAUAAUACUCAGCAUGUCCAGAGAAUGGAUUUUAUUUUCUGAAUAGCAAAACAGACGAACAAAAAAGACUUUGGCUAAUACUUUCAAAGUAAAACCAUAUUAGAAUGUUGUACAUACAGUCUGUUAUUUAUAAUUGUCAAGUGUAAAUAUGUACAUAAAUACAUUGAGUGGUGAGUAAACCUUUAAAAGCCAAAACUUGAUUUAUGUUCCAAAAAAAAAAGGAAACUCAGAUUUUUUGAACUGAUAUUAUUUGCGAUGCAUCAAGAAGUGGAUUACAGACUUUUCAACCAAUCUCAAAGACACUGUUCUCAAAGACACGAUGAUGGAAUCAAUCACUAUCUGUCUCUUUGAUGAACUUCCCAUUCUCUACUUACAUUCCUUGUUUGAAUCCUAGUGGAGUGCAGCUAAUAGUGACAUUUUUUUUACUUUUGAAUAUAAACUUUUACAUACAGUUGGGUAAAUAAAACACAGUCAAUAUUGUUGACCAGAAUUGACCUCCAAUUCAACUUACAGUGUCCUGUCUUAAGAUUGACUGCAAUUCUAUCAUCAUUAAUUAAACUAUUAACAAAGAUGUAAAGUAGAAAUCAAUGACAUUCUCCUACUUGUAAUGAACAUUAUUCUCAUAUUUUGAUUGUAUUCUUUUAUUUUGAAGCUUUAUCAUUUUUGUUUGUUUCUAAUUGCAAGCAAUUUUUUUUAUACUGUUAUUUAAUGCAGCAAAAUGAUGAAAUAAAAUAUUUUCAAGUGUCUUAUACAGUUUACUAUUGGAUAAAAUUAAGUAUUGUGUUUCGCUCAACGCUGACAAGAAAACAUCUAUGAAGUAUAUAUGCACCGACUAUCUUCUCCAGGAAUCAACGUUGUUCGUUGUUCAAAGCCUUCUGGCCUCUAACGGCAAUAAAGAUGUCUGGACAUUUGAGUUUGGGUCGGGUUGGGGGUAAAGAAAUACUCGGGUGGGGGGGGGGCAAGAAAUACUCGGUUUGGGGUGACUGUAGUUUCAAAUGAUACAUGGUGUGCUUGUAUGCUAGAAUGUGUUUUGAAAUUAAUUUCCUGGUAAAUCAAAUAUAUUUCUUACACUAUUUUUGUAAUGGUUUUCUAUUGAGGUUCAAUAAACAUUCGAUCCCAAA